AUGAGGAGAGUUAGAGCUGUGGUGGUGUUAUUGUCCUCAUCAUUUCCAUGGAGCUAUGAGGAGUCCUGGCUCAGGCCCUUUGCUCGAUUUCUGCUGAGGCUACUAGGCUUCAUCUUCUGGGGCACUGCUGCACUUCUGGUCUGUGGUGGAGUUUUUGUGAUCGUGAUGCACAGGAGCUACAGAUAUUUAUUUCAGGAGUCUUUUUUGCCUCUCCCUGGCUGGCUGGCUAUUGCAGCUGCACUUAUCUUGCUACCUACUGGAUUUUUGGCUAUCUCUAUUUCUGUGAAGAGCUCCCGUUAUCAGCAAGGGGCUCUCAUGUACUUCUUGCUGAUCCUUCUUUGCCUAGAAGUGUCUUCAGUAGUUCUGGCACAGUUUUACUCUAUUCGGAUGGCUUCUGAGCUGGAAAGCACUAUGGGUCACCUUGUCUAUCACUACAAUGGGACACCCUCCCAGGCUCCUGGCAACAGAGCUGUGGAUGUGAUACAGAGGAAGCUGCAGUGUUGUGGGGUCCAAAGCUACGUGGACUGGCUAAAUGCAACAGCUGCUUCUUGGCAUCUUUCAGAUGAAAAAGCUCAGGUCCCUGAAAGCUGCUGUAAGGAGAAGUAUUCCCACUGCAAGGGUGACUUAGGCCAUCGGGAGCAGCUUUAUCAGGAAGGCUGUCUAAAGAAGCUGGGAGAUCGGUUGCAUUUUGUGAUGUUCUUCAUGUUUUGGUGCUGUGCUGUUCUAAGUGUUCUAGAGCUGUUGGCUGGUGUCAGCAAUGGCAUCCUCAUGAGGCAUCAACCUUUCCCUGACCUCCAAAUUCUGGACUCAUCUAGCUUCUCAUAG